CAGGAGCGUCAGUCAACGCGUGCGCGCGCGCGCGCUCGAGCGAGGUGUCAAUCAAAGCGGCGGCUUCCCUUUCAUCUCUACAGUCAGUCAGAGAUCAGGGGGAGGAGUACAGCACUACACUCUCUCCAAGCCCAACAUUACUCUCAGUCUCUGCUGAGCGCAUUUCUGAAGAGGGACACCUUUUUACCCAAGAAACCAAACGGGAAUGACACACAGCAUCUGAACUCCGGCACUUUUUUUUUUUUUUUUUUUUUUUUUUUUUGAGUCGGGCUUUUUAAACAGCCAAAGCGGUCCUGCGUUCAACUCACGCGUCUAACUUUUUCGUCUGAGAACGCCACGGGAGUCGUGCUUUAACUUUUAAAACACGUCGCGUUUGGAUCCUCGCGCGCGGCCGUAGACCAAACACUCGCGCGCGUGUUUGGAGUGCGCCCGGGCUGAAAUUAUACGGGGUUUUCUCGUCCAGCGCCUUCGCUUUCCGGGCGUUUGUAGGGUGAGGAGGACUUUCAAUCACCCGAGAAAUGCCGCAGUUGUCAGGUGGAGGAGGCGGCGGGGACCCGGAGCUCUGCGCCACCGAUGAAAUGAUCCCGUUCAAAGACGAGGGAGACCCGCAGAAGGAGCAGAUCUUCGCGGAGAUCAGCCACUCCGAGGAGGAGGGAGACUUAGCGGAGAUCAAGUCAUCUCUGGUCAACGAGACAGAGAUCAGUCCCAACAGUAACAGUCACGACGCAGCUAGACAGUCCCAAAUAACACCAGACUCUUAUCAUGAGAAGCACAGGGACCAUCCGGACGAUGGCAAGCAUCAAGACAUGUACAGCAAAGGCCACCCGUACCCCAGUUACCCAGGAUACAUCAUGAUGACCAAUAUGAACAAUGAACCCUACAUGAACAACGGCUCUCUCUCGCCUCCCAUUCCCAGAGCGUCAAAUAAGGUGCCGGUGGUCCAGCCGUCCCAUGCCGUUUACCCCCUCACCCCUCUGAUCACAUACAGCGACGAGCACUUCGCCCCCGGCCCACACUCGGGACACCACCCACAAGACAUCAACGCCAAGCAAGGUAUGCCCAGGCAUCAUCCUGGACCGGACAUUCCCAAUUUCUACCCUCUCUCCCCAGGGGGAGUCGGACAGAUGACCCCUCCGCUGGGAUGGUUCUCUCAUCACAUGGUACCAGGCCCUCCUGGACCCCAUGCCACAGGAAUCCCCCAUCCUGCCAUUGUCAACCCGCAGGUGAAACACGAACCACAGCACGACACAGACCUGAUGCACAUGAAACCUCAGCACGAGCAGAGAAAGGAGCAGGAGCCCAAAAGACCUCACAUCAAGAAACCUCUAAACGCUUUCAUGCUGUAUAUGAAAGAGAUGCGUGCCAAUGUGGUGGCCGAAUGCACGCUGAAGGAGAGCGCCGCGAUCAAUCAGAUCCUCGGGCGGAGGUGGCAUGCUUUAUCUCGGGAAGAGCAAGCUAAGUAUUACGAAUUAGCCCGCAAGGAACGGCAGCUCCAUAUGCAGCUUUACCCAGGAUGGUCUGCCAGAGACAAUUAUGGGAAAAAAAAGAAGCGGAAGAGGGAAAAGAUCCAGGAACCUGCUUCAGGUACAGGCCAGAGAAUGAAAACGGCGUACAUCUGAACAAUGGAGGAAAACGGACUUCUUUUUCCUCUUGCAAAGCAAAGACAGCAGCUACAGGCCCCCUUUUAGAGAUGGAAGCCUGCUAGAUUCCUCCACCUUUCACCCCUCCGUCACUUCUCGGCCCCCUGCAGAAUCUCCAGAGGGUCCCGGUCCUUGAAUCCGCUCCUCGGCUGCAGGCGCUGCUGUAGUGACGUUGAACUGAGAACAGACAAUCACCAACACAGGCCCUCACGCAGACCCGUGAAUACUCGUUUGAACGUUCCUUUUUGUUUUUCUGUCCUUAAUUCACUCCCGAAGCCGAAGGCGUUGCACUGAUUAUGUUCCUCGACCGUUUGUAAAGCGCACAUAUGGCCACAUGUAAACAAAACACACACACACACACACACUCGUUCCUACACCUGUUCCUAAGUUAUUCUAAGUUAUUUGGCACCUCUGUCUUCUGUGUGUUCACUAUGUCACUCCCUCUUUUUUUGUGCCCCAUAAAAUGUAGCAACACAGGGGCCCUACACACCUCGUGGCGUUCUAUCGCAACAUUUUAGGGAUCACGCGUUGCCCUGGAAACAAUCUCCGAGUCUGUAGGUUGCGUUUUUCAUUAUGACACAUUGGUGCGGAAAGGAUCAAUGUUUUGAAUUCUCCUCAACAUCCUGGGUUCAAGUUUAUUUUGAAUGUUUUUUUUUUUCAUUUCUCGGUGUAUAUUUUAAGUGAUUUUUUUUUGUUUUUAAAUCAUUAUUUUAUAUAAUGGCAUACGAAAAUAAGCUUGGAGACAGGAAAGCCAUUGUUCUUGUUGAAGCGUCUUGCAGAAAUAACAUUUGAAAGUCUUCUUUUUGAUAACUAUUUGUAACGGAUAUCGACUUCUCAGUCUUGCGCAGAUGUAAAAUAAUGCUCAAUGUGUACUUUUUAAAAAGAGAUGUCUGGAUGUCACUUUUCUUGGUAUUUUUGCAGGCUACAUUAGGACAAAGGUGAAAGAGUAGGUACCCAGAGGCCUAUAUUUUAUUGAUCUAAAUUGACAAAUGAAGCAGAUAUAUAUCUAUAUAUAUUUACCCCAGCACUUGGCAGUCUUUCUUUUAAUUGCAAUGUACCUCUGUCCUCUGUCUCUCUGGUAGGUAAUAGAGUGGUCUUUUACCAUGUUUAUUCCAUGCAAACAUUUCCACAUUUUAUUCUUUUUAAUUGUUCUCUUUUAGCUUUUUCAGAUGUCGUUUUUUUACAUUCAUUGUCAUAUUUUGAAGCAUUAACUUGGCGUAGCAUUUUGCUUCCAAGUGGUCACAUUCGAACUGUUUCAACAUGUCUUUUUUAUGAAAAUAAAUAGGCAUCUUUGACUGAAAACGGGCUGAUUGUUAUU